UCGGCCGCGCCCACUCGGCGCUCGGCUCCGCGCCCUGCGCACGCCCGGAGAAGCCGGUACCGGGAUCCCCCCCCCCGAACCCCCCCGAACCCUUCCGGAAACCCCCGAACCCCUCCGGAGCCCCCGGACCCCUUCGGACCUCCCCCCCCGAACCCCUCCGGAACCACCCGAACCCUACAGACCCCCUCCGGGCCCCCCCGAACCUUUCCGGAACCUCCCGAACCGCUCCGGAAUCUCCAGAACCCCUCCGGAACCUUCCGAACCCUUCCGGAGCCCUCCGGAACCCCCCGAAUCCCUCCGGGCCCUCCCGAACCCUUCCGGAUCCCGAUCCCAGUUAUCCCGAUCCCGGUUCCCCCUUCCCGGUACCCACCGAUUCCCCCCCGUUGCUGAUCCCAGUCCCAUUCCCCCUCCAUUCCCGUUGCUAAUCCCGCUCCCAUUCCCUCUACCAUUCCCGUUUAUCCCGGCGCGGCUCCCGGUUCUCCCUGAUCCCAUUCCCGGUCCGGGUUCCCCCCGAUCCCAUUCCCAUUUAUCCCAGUGCCAUUCCCGUUCCCAUUCCCGGUUAUCCCGCUCCCAUUUCCUCUUCCAUUCCCGUAUAUCCCAGUGCCAUUCCAGCUCCCAUUCCCGGUUAUCCCGGUGCCAUUCCAGCUCCCAUUCCCGGUUAUCCUGGUGCCAUUCCCACUCCCAUUCACGUUCAUUCCAGUACCGAUCACGCUCCCAUUCCCUCUCCCAUUCCCGUUUGAUCCCGCUCCCAUUCCCGGUUCUCCCAUUCCCAUUUAUCCCGGUGCCAUUCCCGCUCCCAUUCCCGUUUGAUCCCGCUCCCGUUCCCAUUUAUCCCGGUGCCAUUCCCGCUCCCAUUCCCAUUUGAUCUCGCUCCCAUUCCCAUUUAUCCCGGUGCCAUUCCGCUCCCAUUCCCGUUUGAUCCCGCUCCCAUUCCCGUUUGAUCGCGCUCCCAUUCCCGGUUCUCCCAUUCCCAUUUAUCCCGCUCCCAUUCCCGGUUCUCCCAUUCCCAUUUAUCCCGGUGCCAUUCCCGUUUGAUCCCGCUCCCAUUCCCGCUCCCAUUCCCUCUCCCAUUCCCGGUUAUCCCGCUCUCAUUCCCGGUUCUCCCGGUGCCAUUCCCAUUUAUCCCUCUCCCAUUCCCGCUCCCAUUCCCGUUUGAUCCCGGUGCCAUUCCCGGUUGAUCCCAAUGGAGUCCCAAUGCGAUUACUUCAUGUACUUCCCGGCGGUGCCGUUCGGGGCGCGGGAGCUGCUGUCGGCAGAGCCUGGCCGGUACCGGAGCCUUCCCCGCCGCAACCACCUUUACCUGGGGGAGACCGUCCGGUUCCUGCUGGUGCUGCGGUGCCGGCCGGGCCCGGGCCGCCCCCCUUGGACCGAGUUGGCCUCGUCCUUAACGGCGCUGGCGAGCGUGAGCCCCGGCGGCGGCGGCGGCGGCGGCGGGGAUGGAGCGGGAGGGGACGGCGAGGACGGGGACGGCGACGGGAGCGCCCCCAACGGGACGGAGCUGGAAGCGACCGCGGCGUUCCGGGAGUGCCGGGUGCUGCUGACGCACGGGACCGGAGCGGCCGCGCAGCAGGAGGGGGUCCCUGUGGAGGAGCCCAUCGUGUGUCCGGAUGAGGUCAUCUUCCCCCUCACCAUCGCCCUGGACCGGCUGCCCCCCGGCACCAGCAAGGCCAAGGUGGUGGUCACAGUGUGGCGCCGGGACACGGAGCCCCCGGAGCUGCAGGAAGGCUCCGGGUACCUGAAGCUGCUGCAGAGCCGGGAUCCAGCUCAAGUCUUCCGCCAGGAGCAGGCGGCCUUCAAGGCACAAGUGAGCACGUUGCUGACGGUGCUGCCUCCCCCCGUGGUCCGAUGCCGCCAACUCACAGUGUCCGGGAAGUAUCUGACCCUGCUUAAAGUGCUCAAUGGCAGCUCGCAGGAGCCGCUGUCCCUGUGCUCCGUUCGGGUGCUGCCCAACCUCAACGCCAGUUACCUGCCCGUGCUGCCCGAUGGCUCCGUGCUGCUGGUCGACGACGUCUGCCACCACUCGGGUGAGGUCCCGGUGGGCUCCUUCUGCCGCGUGGCCGGGGCCGGCUCCGCGUGUCCCUGCGCCCUCAGUGCCCUGGAGGAGCAGAACUUCCUCUUCCAGCUCCACGCGCCCGAGCGCCCGCCCGAGGACACCAAAGAGGGCUUGGAAGUCCCCCUCGUAGCCAUCAUCCAAUGGUCCACCCCAAAGCUACCCUUCACCACCAGCAUCUCCACGCACUACCGACUUCCCAGUAUCCGCUUGGAACGUCCUCGCUUCGUGAUGAUGGCCACGUGUGAGUCGCCGGUGGUGGCCCACCAGCGCUUCAUGGUCACCUACACGCUCCUCAAUGACCUGCAGGACUUCCUGGCCGUGCGCUUGGUCUGGACCCCAGAGACGGCCACCACAGGGCAGCGGGCGCCGGGCGAGGAGCGUGGGGCGCCGGAGGCCGUGGUUUGCCACUCGCCCCAAACCAACCUGGGCUUCUCGCGCAAGGGCAGCGCCACCACCACCCGCGUGGCCUUCCAGGCCCUGCGCGCCGGCCUCUUCGAGCUGUCCCGCCACAUGAAGCUGAAGCUGCAGUUCGCCGCCAGCGCGGCGCCGGCCGCGGCUGAGCCCCGGCCCGUGUCGCGGCGCAGCAGCCCCAGCAGCCCGGCCCUGCGCGACCUGCUGGAGCGGCACCAGGCGGGGCUCGGCCGCUCCCAGUCCUUCUCGCACCAGCAGCCGCCGCGCAGCCACCUCAUCAGGUCGGGCAGUGUGAUGGAGCGCCGCGCCAUCACCCCCCCGGUGGGGUCCCCCGUGGGGCGCCCCCUGGCGCUGCCCCCCGACCGGGCGGUGCUGGCGCUGGACAAGAUCGCCAAGAGGGAGUGCAAGGUGCUGGUGGUGCCCCCCGUGCAGUGACACCAAUGGGGGGCUAUGGGGGGCUAUGGGGGGCUAUGGGGCUAUGGGGGGCUAUGGGGGGCUAUGGGGGGCUAUGGGGCUAUGGGGGGCUAUGGGGCUAUGGGGGCUAUGGGGCAAUGGGGGCAAUGGGGGCUAUGGGGGGCUAUGGGGGGCAAUGGGGGCUAUGGGGGGUAUGGGGGCGAUGGGGGCUAGGGGAUAUCAGUGGGGACCCAUUAAGUGACAUUGGGGGCACCAGUGGGGUCAAUGGGAUGCGACUGGGGGCAAUGGGGAUGCCAAUGGGACACCAUUGGGAUCAAUGGGCACACCAUUGGGACACCAUUGGGAUCAAUGGGAAGACCACUGGGGACAAUGGAGAUGCCAAUGGGACACCAUUGGGGACAAUGAGGCACCACUGGGAUCAAUGGGAACACCAUUGGGGUCAAUGGGAACACCAUAGGGACAAUGGAAAUGCCAAUGGGACACCACUGGGAACACUGAGAACACCAUUGGGGUCAAUGGGAACACCAUUGGGACACCAUUGGGAUCAAUGGGGCACCACUGGGGACACUGGGAACACCAUUGGGUCACCAUUGGGAUCAAAAGGAACACCGUUGGGACACCAUUGGGGACAAUGGGAACACCAUUGGGACACCAUUGGGAUCAAUGGGGCACCACUGGGGACACUGGAAACACCACUAGGACACCAUUGGGGACAAUGGGAACUCCAUUGGGACACCAUUGGGGACAAUGGGGCACCACUGGGGACACUGGGACCACCAUUGGGUCACCAUUGGGGACAAUGAGGCACCAUUGGGGACACUGGGAACACCAUUGAGUCACCAUUGGGAUCAAUGGGAACACCACUGGGACACCAUUGGGGUCAAUGGGAACACCACUGGGGACAAUGGAGAUGCCAAUGGGACACCAUUGGGGACAAUGGGGCACCACUGGGGACACUGGGAACACGAUUGGGACACCAUUGGGGACAAUGGGGCUCUGGGAACACCAUUGGGACACCACUGGGAUCAAUGGGAACACCAUUGGGACACCACUGGGGUCAAUGGGACACCAUUGGGGACAAUGGGGCACCAUUGGGACACCAUUGGGACACCAUUGGGAUCAAUGGGAACACCAUAGGGACAAUGGAGAUGCCAAUGGGACACCAUUGGGAUCAAUGGGCACACCACUGGGGACACUGGGAACACCAUUGGGACACCAUUGGGGACAAUGGGGCACUGGGAACACCAUUGGGACACCACUGGGGUCAAUGGGACACCAUUGACGACAAUGGGAACACCAUGGGGACACCAUUGGGAUCAAUGGGAACACCAUUGGGACAAUGGAGAUGCCAAUGGGACACCAUUGGGAUCAAUGGGGCACCACUGGGGACACUGGGAACACCAUUGGGACACCAGUGGGAUCAGUGGGAACACCACUGGGGACAAUGGGGAUGCCAAUGGGGACGCCAUUGGGGACACCACUGGGGACACCAUUGGGGAUACCAGUGGGACACCACUGGGAUCAAUGGGAACACCUAUGGGGGGUGGUCAAGCUUUGGGGGGGGACAAAGGGACACAAGAUCCCCAUGGGACCAGUAUCCCUAUUGUCCCCAUUGCCCCCACUGGUGUCCCCAGUGUCACUUAAUGGGCUCCAUGUGCUGGUGGUGGCACCCAUUAAGGGACAUUGGGGAGACCAUUGGGGACCCAUUAAGUGAUAUUGGGGACAUCAAGGGGGGGGCACAAGCUAUGGGGGGGACAUAGGGACAAAGGGACACAAGAUCCCUAUGGGACCAGUGUCCCCAUUGUCCCUAUUAUCACCUAAUGGGCUCCAUGUGCUGGUGGUGGCACCCAUUAAGUGACACUGGGGACACCAUAGGGACGCUAUAGGGACACCGAUGGGGAUAUUAUGGGGUAUUUAUUCAGCUGCUGUCACUGUGUUUGUGCCAAUAAAGAGCUGGCCUGGC